AUGUUGAAGUUCAAGUAUGGAAGAGUCCGAAAUCCUCCUGAAGCUGAUGCUGCUGAACCCAUUGCCAGCCGGGCCUUGAGGCUGAAUCUUCUCUUUCAGGGGAAGCCGCCCUUUCUGCCUCAACAGCAGCUGUCCCCCCUCUCCCGAGAAGCCAUGUUGGAUGCCCUCCUGGCUCUCUUUGACGAGUGCAGCCAGCCUGCUCUGAUGAAGAUCAAACACGUGGGCAGUUUCGUCCGGAAGUAUGCCAAUGCCAUUGCAGAGCUGCGGGAGCUGCAGCCCUCAGCCAAGGACUUUGAGGUCCGAAGCCUCGUGGGGUGUGGCCACUUUGCCGAGGUACAGGUGGUACGAGAGCGAGCGACGGGGGACAUCUAUGCCAUGAAGGUCAUGAAGAAGAAGGCCCUGUUGGCCCAGGACCAGGUCAUGGAAUAUCAGCCUGGCGGGGACUUGCUGUCACUUCUGAACCGAUACAAGGACCAGUUAGAUGAAAGCAUGCUUCAGUUCUACCUGGCUGAGCUGAUCUUGGCUGUUCACAGCGUUCACCAGAUGGGCUAUGUUCACCGGGACAUCAAGCCUGAGAACAUUCUCAUUGACCGGACUGGCCACAUCAAAUUGGUGGAUUUUGGAUCUGCUGCUAAAAUGAACUCCAAUAAAAUGGUGGAAGCCCAACUCCCGAUUGGGACCUCAGAUUACAUGGCCCCCGAAGUGUUGACUGUGAUGAACAAGGCGGGCAAAGGCUCCUACAGCCUGGAGUGUGACUGGUGGUCCGUGGGCGUUGUCACCUAUGAAAUGCUUUAUGGCCAGUCCCCGUUCACCGGGGACACGUCGGCCUGCACCUUCAAUAACAUUAUGAACUUCCAGCUAGCCAACUUGCCCCGGCCCCUCCAGCUCCGCUCUCCAGCAGCCACUGCCUCCCUCUGCAGCCAUGGUAACCCGGCUUCUGGCCAGCUGCACCCCCGGGAGCACUUGGCGACAAUGGGCAGCCCGCUGGUGACAGCUCCUCCCCCCUUCGUUCCCACCCUCGAGUCUGACGAUGACACCUCCAAUUUUGAUGAGCCAGAGAAGAAUUCCUGGGUUCCGUCCUCAUCCCCUUCGUGCCAGCUGAGCCCCCCACCUGGCUUCCGGGGCGAAGGGCUGCCGUUCCUGGGGUUCGCCUACAGCCGGGCUCCGGGGCUGCUCGGUCGAUCGGAGCCAGCCGUGUUGGGUGUUGACUCCCCUGCCAAGAUCAGCUCCAUGGAAAAGAAACUCCUCAUCAAAAGCAAAGAGCUGCAAGACUCCCAGGACAAGUGCCACAAGAUGGAGCAGGAAAUGACGCGGUUACACCGGCGCGUGUCAGAGGUGGAGGCCGUGCUUAGUCAGAAGGAGGUGGAGCUGAAGGCCUCUGAGACUCAGCGAUCCCUCCUGGAACAGGACCUUGCCACCUACAUCACAGAAUGCAGUAGCUUAAAGCGAAGUCUGGAGCAGGCGCGCAUGGAGGUGUCCCAGGAGGAUGACAAGGCGCUGCAGCUUCUGCACGACAUCAGAGAGCAGAGCCGGAAGCUCCAGGAAAUCAAAGAGCAGGAGUACCAGGCUCAGGUGGAAGAGAUGAGGUUGAUGAUGAGCCAGCUGGAGGAGGACCUGGUCUCGGCGAGGAGAAGGAGCGAUCUCUACGAGUCCGAGUUGCGAGAGUCGAGGCUGGCAGCGGAGGAGUUCAAGAGGAAAGCCACCGACUGCCAGCACAAACUGCUGAAGGCUAAAGAUCCAGGGAAGCCAGAAGUCGGGGAAUAUUCCAAAUUGGAGAAGAUCAAUGUUGAGCAGCAGCUCAAAAUCCAGGAGCUCCAAGAGAAGCUGGAAAAGGCGGUCAAAGCCAGCACGGAGGCCACCGAGCUGCUGCAGAACAUCCGGCAGGCCAAGGAGCGAGCAGAGCGCGAGCUGGAAAGGCUGCAGAACCGGGAGGACUCAUCUGAAGGCAUCAAAAAGAAGCUGGUGGAAGCUGAGGAACGCCGCCAUUCUCUGGAGAACAAGGUAAAGAGGCUAGAGACCAUGGAGCGUAGAGAGAACAGACUGAAGGAUGACAUCCAGACAAAGUCCCAACAGAUCCAGCAGAUGGCUGAUAAAAUUCUGGAGCUGGAAGAGAAGCACCGGGAGGCCCAGGUCUCGGCCCAGCACCUGGAGGUCCACCUGAAACAGAAGGAGCAGCACUAUGAGGAGAAGAUCAAAGUGUUGGACAGUCAGAUCAAGAAAGACCUGGCGGAUAAGGAGACCCUGGAGAACAUGAUGCAGAGACAUGAAGAGGAGGCCCAUGAGAAGGGCAAGAUCCUCAGCGAGCAGAAGGCGAUGAUCAAUGCCAUGGAUUCCAAGAUCAGAUCCCUGGAGCAGAGGAUUGUGGAAUUGUCAGAAGCCAAUAAGCUGGCAGCCAACAGCAGCCUCUUCACCCAGAGGAACAUGAAGGCCCAGGAAGAGAUGAUUUCCGAGCUCAGGCAGCAGAAGUUCUACUUGGAAACGCAGGCGGGGAAGCUGGAAGCCCAGAACCGGAAGCUGGAGGAGCAGCUGGAGAAGAUCAGCCACCAGGACCACAGCGACAAGAGUCGGCUGCUGGAGCUGGAGACAAGGUUGCGAGAGGUCAGCCUUGAGCACGAGGAGCAGAAGCUGGAACUGAAGCGCCAGCUCACGGAGCUGCAGCUGUCUCUGCAGGAGCGAGAGUCUCAGCUGACGGCCCUGCAGACAGCCCGAGCUGCCCUCGAGAGCCAGCUGCGCCAGGCCAAGACUGAGCUGGAGGAGACCACGGCAGAAGCCGAGGAGGAGAUUCAGGCCCUCACGGCACACAGAGAUGAAAUCCAGCGCAAAUUCGACGCCCUUCGUAACAGCUGUACCGUCAUCACCGACCUAGAGGAGCAGCUCAACCAGCUCACAGAGGACAACGCAGAGCUCAACAACCAGAACUUCUAUUUGUCCAAACAACUCGACGAAGCGUCAGGCGCCAGCGAUGAGAUCGUGCAGCUCCGCAGCGAGGUGGACCACCUCCGCCGGGAGAUCACAGAACGGGAGAUGCAGCUCACCAGCCAGAAGCAAACGAUGGAGGCGCUGAAGACCACCUGCACGAUGCUGGAGGAGCAGGUCAUGGACCUGGAGGCCCUGAACGAUGAGCUGCUGGAGAAAGAGCGGCAGUGGGAGGCCUGGAGGAGUGUCCUGGGCGACGAGAAGUCCCAGUUCGAGUGCCGUGUGCGGGAGCUGCAGCGAAUGCUGGACACGGAGAAGCAGAGCCGGGCUCGCGCUGACCAGCGGAUUACUGAGUCGCGCCAGGUGGUGGAGCUGGCUGUGAAGGAGCACAAGGCUGAGAUCCUAGCUCUACAGCAGGCUCUCAAGGAACAGAAGCUGAAAGCUGAGAGCCUCUCGGACAAGCUCAACGAUCUGGAGAAGAAACACGCCAUGCUGGAAAUGAAUGCACACAGCCUGCAGCAGAAGCUGGAGACAGAGCGGGAGCUCAAGCAGAGGCUGCUGGAAGAGCAAGCCAAACUCCAGCAGCAAAUGGACUUGCAGAAGAACCACAUUUUCCGCCUGACGCAAGGACUGCAGGAGGCACUAGACCGGGCCGACCUUCUGAAGAAUGAAAGGAGCGAUCUGGAAUAUCAGCUCGAAAACAUUCAGGUUCUCUACUCUCACGAAAAGGUGAAGAUGGAAGGCACUAUUUCUCAACAAACCAAACUCAUUGAUUUCUUGCAAGCCAAAAUGGACCAACCUGCCAAAAAGAAGAAGGUCCCUCUGCAGUACAAUGAGCUGAAGGUGGCUCUGGAGAAGGAGAAAGCUCGCUGCGCCGAGCUGGAGGAAGCCCUCCAAAAGACUCGCAUCGAACUCCGCUCAGCCCGGGAGGAAGCUGCCCACCGGAAGGCCGCCGACCACCCGCACCCAUCGACGCCGGCCACAGCGAGGCAACAGAUCGCCAUGUCCGCCAUCGUGCGGUCCCCUGAGCACCAGCCCAGUGCCCUGAGCCUGCUUGCACCGCCCUCCAGUCGCCGGAAGGAGUCUUCCACCCCCGAAGAAUUCAGCCGGCGUCUGAAGGAGCGCAUGCACCAUAACAUUCCUCACCGGUUCAACGUGGGACUGAACAUGCGAGCUACCAAGUGCGCCGUGUGUCUGGAUACAGUGCACUUCGGACGCCAGGCCUCCAAAUGCCUCGAGUGCCAGGUGAUGUGCCACCCCAAGUGUUCCACAUGCCUGCCGGCCACCUGCGGGCUGCCUGCCGAGUACGCCACGCAUUUUACUGAUGCCUUCUGCCGAGACAAGAUGAACUCCCCGGGGUUGCAGGCCAAGGAUCCCAGUGGCAGCUUGCACCUGGAAGGCUGGAUGAAGGUGCCCAGGAAUAACAAGCGAGGGCAGCAAGGCUGGGACCGAAAGUACAUCGUCCUGGAGGGAUCCAAAGUCCUCAUUUAUGAUAACGAGGCCAGAGAAGCUGGACAGAGGCCGGUGGAGGAAUUUGAACUGUGCCUUCCUGACGGGGACGUCUCCAUUCACGGUGCUGUUGGUGCUUCUGAGCUCGCCAACACAGCCAAAGCAGAUGUCCCCUACGUCCUGAAGAUGGAGUCCCACCCGCACACUACCUGCUGGCCUGGGAGGUCCCUCUACCUGCUGGCUCCCAGCUUCCCUGACAAGCAGCGCUGGGUCACUGCCUUAGAAUCGGUUGUCGCAGGUGGGAGAGUGUCUAGGGAAAAGGCAGAAGCCGACGCUAAACUGCUGGGAAACUCCCUGCUAAAACUGGAAGGCGACGAGCGCCUGGACAUGAACUGCACACUGCCCUUCAGCGACCAGGUGGUGCUGGUGGGCACCGAAGAAGGGCUGUAUGCACUGAAUGUCCUGAAAAACGCCCUCACCCACGUCCCGGGCAUCGGUGCCGUCUUCCAAAUCUAUAUCAUCAAGGACCUGGAGAAGCUCCUCAUGAUAGCAGGAGAAGAGCGGGCCCUGUGCCUCGUGGACGUGAAGAAGGUCAAACAGUCGCUCGCACAGUCACACCUGCCCGCCCAGCCUGACGUCUCGCCCCAAGUGUUUGAAGCUGUCAAGGGUUGCCACCUCUUUGCUGCUGGCAAGAUCGAGAGCGGCCUCUGCAUCUGUGCAGCUAUGCCCAGCAAAGUCGUCAUCCUCCGCUAUAACGAAAACCUCAGCAAAUACUGCAUCCGGAAAGAAAUAGAGACCUCGGAGCCAUGCAGCUGUAUCCACUUCACCAACUACAGCAUCCUUGUGGGGACCAACAAGUUCUAUGAGAUCGACAUGAAGCAGUACACGCUGGAGGAAUUCCUGGACAAGAACGACCACUCGUUGGCGGCCGCCGUGUUCGCCUCUGCAUCCAACAGCUUCCCAGUGUCCAUUGUACAAGUGAACAGUGCUGGGCAGCGGGAGGAGUACCUGCUCUGCUUCCACGAGUUUGGCGUGUUCGUGGACUCCUAUGGCAGACGCAGCCGCACUGAUGACCUCAAGUGGAGCCGCUUACCUCUGGCCUUCGCCUACCGAGAGCCCUACCUGUUCGUGACGCACUUCAACUCCUUGGAAGUCAUCGAAAUCCAGGCCCGCUCCUCCCUUGGGACCCCUGCCCGAGCUUAUCUGGAAAUCCCCAACCCGCGCUACCUGGGCCCGGCCAUUUCCUCAGGCGCCAUCUACCUGGCCUCCUCCUACCAGGAGAAGCUGAGGAUCAUUUGCUGCAAAGGCAACCUGGUGAAGGAGUCGGGUACCGACCACCGCCGUGGCACCUCCACAUCCCGCAGCAGCCCCAACAAGCGAGGCCCGCCUACCUACAACGAGCACAUCACCAAGCGUGUGGCCUCCAGCCCAGCGCCCCCUGAAGGCCCCAGCCACCCACGGGAGCCAAGCACACCCCACCGCUACCGAGAGGGCCGGACGGAGCUGCGUAGGGACAAGUCCCCCGGCCGGCCCCUGGAGCGUGAGAAGUCGCCGGGCCGGGUGCUCAGCACGCGGAGGGAGCGGUCCCCAGGGCGACUGUUUGAGGAUAGCAGCAGGGGGCGGCUCCCGGUGGGCGCCGUGAGGACUCCGCUGUCCCAGGUCAACAAGGUCUGGGACCAGUCCUCAGUCUAAACCUUAGCCCGAACCUGACUCAGCUCACAUCUGCAGGAAAACAGCACCCCACUCUGGAACUCCACUGAAGGGGGCACCACGUUGGGGCGCCUAUGUCUGCUCAGCUGCCCCCAUGGCACAGCUGGACCAGAGCCAGCUUCCCAGGCGCCUGACCCGGCCCGGCCCGGCCCAGGGGACGGGGACAGGGACUGGAGGGGGCUGAGGCCCCAGAAACCUGCCCACGGCUCUCCACGCAGGGCUCCUCUCUCAAAGCUCUCACGGGCUUGGCCUCCGCUCUUGUCCCCUGUGCCGUGAGUCUGAGGGCCCUGGAGUCAGACUCCAACUCAGAAGUGACUUUCUGACCCCGGCCUGGUUCUCCUCCAGUGGGCUCAGGCCCCGUUGGCUUUUCCUUUUGUUUAAUGACCACUGACCUCCUCUUCCUCCUCCUCCUCCUCCUCCUCCUCCUCCUUCUCA